AAUAACUUCCCAAAUCAAAACACAAUACACAGUUUCAACCUAGAAAGAAAAAAAAGAACAUUUGAUCCAAUCGUGUUUUAAGUUUUUUGUAUAAUUUUCUUUAUUGUUCUUUUAGAUACUGCAAAAUUUAUCUCUCACUGCUUUAGUUUAUUCGUUUUCUUUCCUUUCUCUCUUUCUUUCUUUCUCUCAUUUCUUUCUCAGUCCUUGAUGCUAUGAAGGAUUCUUUGUUGAUGUUCUUGACUCAUCUUCAUCAGAGAUUAAUUAGUUUUCUUUUGUUUCCUUCUCUCUUUACUUGAUUCCCAGUUCGGAAUUGCAUCUAAUUCUCUCUUUCCUACAACUUCUCAUAUCCCUUGUCUUAUCACCUCUCCUACAAGGCUACAACUUUUUUUUUUUUCUCAUCAAAAUUUAUGUAGAUCAGUCUGGCAAGGUAACGAGUAGAAAAAACCCUGUUGAGGCAACUAUAGAAAACCUUCUUUUUUUUUUUGUUUUUUCUGUUGACUUCUUUCUUUAAUUUAACUCUUUGAUCAUCUCAAAACCCUUUAGUUAAGUUGUUAGAAGAAAGUAAAAAGGUCGACCCAAUUCUGGUUUUUUGCUCUUCUGUUUAGUGACUUGUGUGUUGAAUUCAAUUUGCAAUCCUGGCGAAUCCUUGGUGGGCUAAUCAGGUGAGUCUACCGGUACCGGGCAUGGACCCGGCAGGCAAUUCACCAGCCUUAAACAAACGUGACCUUGAAAUUUCCAUGAACGAUACGGGCAAAAACAGAAGCAACGUCAGAGGGGAUGAUGAUGACGAUAGAGACACUGGCGAUGAGCCUAAAGAAGGGGCAGUCGAGGUCGGUAGCCGAAGACCCAGAGGCCGUCCUCCAGGCUCCAAAAACAAGUCUAAACCACCCAUUUUUGUCACCAGGGACAGCCCAAACGCCCUCCGUAGUCAUGUCAUGGAAGUUGCAAGUGGCACAGAUGUAGCUGAAAGCAUAGCCCAAUUCGCUAGGAAACGACAACGUGGGGUUUGUGUGCUUAGUGGCAGUGGCUCCGUAGCCAACGUUACACUAAGACAACCAGCAGCACCUGGAGCUGUUGUUGCUCUUCAUGGAAGGUUCGAAAUUCUGUCUUUGACUGGGGCUUUUCUGCCUGGACCAGCUCCACCAGGCUCAACAGGGCUCACUGUGUACCUAGCUGGUGGUCAAGGACAAGUUGUUGGAGGAAGUGUGGUGGGUUCACUGAUCGCUGCAGGGCCUGUUAUGGUCAUUGCAGCAACAUUUUCCAACGCAACUUAUGAACGAUUGCCUAUAGAAGAAGAAGAGGAAGCUGGCAGUGCUGGCCAUGGAGGACAGAUCCAAGGAGGAGCAAGCCAUUCUCCACCAGCAAUCGGAAGUAGCGGCCCACAGAUAGGUCUGCCUGAUCCAUCUUCCCUUCCAAUAUACAAUUUGCCUCCUAAUCUACUCUCCAAUGGAGGGCAACUAGGGCAUGAGGCCUAUGCCUGGGCACAUGGGCGACCGCCUUACUAAUAAAUGGAGAGCAACUCCAUAUAUAAGAGAGUGAGACUUAAUUUUCUUAGAUCUUACAAAAAUGUUGUGUUUGUAUUUAGAGAUAGAGAGAUUGGAAGAAAAUAGCAAAAAGAGGGGAAUGUGCAACAAGAGAAAAACCUUGGGUGAUCUUGUAUAUUAAACUCCCUCCUUUUUUUUUCCUUUGCCCCUUUUUCUGUUUGCAAUAAUAAAAGAUGAUUUU